GUUGGUGACCAGAUUGUUGAAAUAAAUGGGGAACCUACACAAGGCAUCACACAUACUCGAGCAAUUGAGCUCAUUCAGGCCGGUGGAAAUAAAGUUCUUCUUCUUUUAAGGCCGGGAACUGGCUUGAUACCUGACCAUGGUGAUUGGGAUAUUAAUAAUCCUUCAUCUUCAAAUGUGAUUUAUGAUGAACAGUCACCAUUUCCCCCAUCUUCACAUUCUGCUUUCAUAUUUGGAGAGUCUCAUGUGCCAGUAAUCGAAGAAUCUUUAAUGAGAGUUCAGAUAUGUGAAAAGGCAGAAGAAUUAAAGGACAUUGUGCCUGAAAAGAAAAGCACUUUAAAUGAAAAUCAGUCUGAGGUAAAGGAGCAGUCUCUUCUCCAGAAAAAUGUGAAUAAGAGGGAUUCACCCAAAAGUCACGGAUACAGUGACAAGAAAAAUCUAUUAAAAGUAGGAAGUGGUGUUACACAAAGAGGAAGAUCUACUAGUCCCCAAAAGUCAGCCAGUCGAUUUUCAGAGGAACAUUUGGAAAAGAUUCCUAGUCCUCUAAAAAAUGAUCCCAAAAGAAGACCCAGAGAUCGAUCGCUCAGCCCCAGGAAAGGAGAGAACAAAAGUAGUCAAAUCAGCAACAGGGCAGGGUCUGGACAAGAUCAUUGCAGAAAAAGCAGAGGACGGUCUUCUAGCCCAAAGAAGCAGCAGAAAAUUGAAGGAAGCAAAGACCAGUCAAAUGCUGAAGCCAAAUUAUUAGAAGGUGAAAGUCGAAAAGUUACAGGCCAUGCUAGUGACAAUGCUGAACAGAUCCCAGAUGGGAAAGAAAAAUCAGGUGUCAUCAGGAAAGAUACAAAGCAGAGUCAGCUGGAAAAAGCAGAACAAGGUCUCCAGAGAAAAAAAGCAAGAGAAUGGAUGAAAAGUCUCUUCCAUCCAAAAAGACUAAUAACACUACUAGUAGAGUAGUGUUUGAAAAUGAAAAAGGAAAGAAAGUAACAAUAGGAGAAACAAGUUCUAGUAAAGAUAAAAUGGGAGAAAAUGUCCAAAUAUCAGAAAAGAAGCUGAAGCAGGAACCUGAAGAGAGGAUGGUUUUAAACAAAAUAGAAGAUCACAAAGGUAAAGAACUAGAAGCAGCUGAGAAAAACAAAGAGCGUGGAGAGUUCAAACCUGAAAGUAGUUCUCCAGUUAAGAAAACACCAAUAACUCCAGGGCCCUGGAAGGUGCCAAAUGCAAAUAAAGUCAAAGGCACUACUGGUGUGGCUGAAAAAUGGCUGUGACCUUUAACAUAAAACAAAGAAAAACAAGUUGUAAUUUUUUCUUAUUAAAAAAGCAGCAUUAAAAAUUUUUUCCCAGAAAUUCUGAAACACAUUAAGUACAUUUUAAUUCGAGCAUCAAGUUACCUAGGCUGCAUGAAGGGCCUUUAGGAUUGCUGAGAAUUGUCCCCCUGGCUGGCUGCCCUCCCUCACACUCAGGAAGGAGCUGCAUCCACCUGCUCAUCUGACAUGCCCUGCUCAGGCUGCCCAGCCCAUCUUCACGAGUGUCUGAAUAAAUGACAUGUUGGUAUUAAUGAUGUGGUCACAACUCACUUUGUAUUUGUGCUGAGUUAUCUACUGCAUCAUAUCUGUUUUAUCCUUCUCAUUCAGAUAUUUCCACAGUAAUGAAAAAGUUAGGUUUGGCUUGGAAGUUGAUGUUCUCAAUAGCAUGUUGCAUGUUUACAGAGAGAAAUAUUUGAGUCCUUGCAGAAGAGAUUUUUAACUCUCCAUUAAAGAUGGCUGUUGCUUCUUCUAACAGCUACUGAUGAUGUCCCAAUUUCAAAAUAAAACCCCCCAAAAAUCACUACAGGAAAAAAAAUGUCAAACAUUGACACUUCCUUAUGGCUUUUUAUUUUAAUUUGGCUGGAUAAAGUAUUUCAAAUAACUGUUGAAGAUAUUACUUACAAUUGAAUGUUCAAAUGAGAAAGUUCCUUAAGCAAUAGAGUUCCCCUCCUGCUGUGUUAUCCAACCAUGAUAUAGUUAUAGCAUCUCAGGUCACCCUUUGUUUUUCAUCUGUUUCAUUAUGAAACUACAUAUAAGCAUACGGACAUAUUGCUUAUUCUCUGAAGAAAAACUACCAACUAUCUAUUUCUGGAUAUUUUGGUUGUACCUACUACGAAAGUCAUUAGUCUUUAAUACGUAAUACAUAUUUGAAGAAUCAAAAUAUGUGAAUUGUGUGGGGGACCUAAUCAUGAAACCAGUUUCACAGUCCAUUGCCAGAUAAAGUACCAACUCAUCUGGUAGCACAUGUACAAGUUCGGGUGUUUAGAAGCAGAACCUGUGCGAGGCUUGCACAGCAAGUAAGGAUACAUAUGGUAGACAGUACUUGCUGAAUCUUAUUUAAUUUUAAUUUUGAGCUACAUUAAGUUAUUUAAAAACAAGAAAGGGAGACUCAACAUUCACUUGGCUUGUACAAAUUUUCAGAGUUCUUUUAAAAAAUCUAAUUAAAGAUGUUUGUUGAAAGUUGGAGAUAGUUUUUAACUCCGUAAAAUAGAUCCAGGUUUUUCAGUCCCCUGAAACAGCAUUAUAGUAGCAUCUAUAAAUAAAGGCACAUUCUCAGAAUAAAACUAUUUUAUGGAGUAUUUGAACAUACUUGUUCUGUCACCCUGGGUUCAUCUUAUUGUGGAACACAUUAUGUCCAUGUCCUUCCCUCUAAGAGUCUGACUGUGAAAUUCUUUAAAAUAACAACUGUGUCAGUCCCUGUAGAUAAAACAUGCUUCCCAGAGUGAGAUUUUUGAAAUAAUCCCCUUUUCAUCAAGAACUAUAUUUAUCCACCUAUUGUAACUACUUGAAUAGAGCAUAAUUAGGAGGCUUGAUAAAUGCUAACAAUUUAGUACCACAGAAAUGAUUUAUUUUCCCUAUAGUCCACAAUUAGUGAUACAAAUCCUAUUUUUAUCGUUAACUGUGACACAACUUUGAUGACAUAUGUUAUCAGUCCGAUGUGGCUCUUCCUUUCUAAGUAACCUGUCACUGUACUGAUUAUAUACUGACUUAGCAAUGUGGCCUUGGAAUGCUGAGCAAAAUAUGGAUGUACUGGUUGUAAAUGUUUAUAUAUUGUACAGUACCUUUAUAUAUAUACACUUGAGGUUCUGAUUAGAGAAAGAGAUCUGUAAAUCGCUCGUUAUUUUUUAUAUAGAUAUUAAAAACAAAAACAAAAAAUA